CCAAAAAUUCUCUAAUUUUCCGGGCGAACUCUCGAAUUUUCAGGGGAAAAAAAGAAAAGAAAAGAAGAAACGGAGGCAUCCGGAAGCAUCUUAUAUAUUGUCCAUAGUCCUCUCCAACGUUCAAAAAACCCUCCAAAAAUCUCCCCGCUACGGUCCCAAGAACUCCUCAGAAACUCGAUUUCCUUUCAACUCGGUAGCACCCGAUUUCUCUCCUCCCAUGGAGUCGCAACAAGAACAGUCGUCUCCUGCGCUUGAUGAUUGCUUGAAGCUGUUGAAAGGUGAGAGAGACGAACAGCGCCUCGCCGGUCUUCUUUUGGUCACAAAAUUUUGCAAGGGCGACGAUCUCCCCUCCCUCCGCAGGAUCUACGACUGCGUCGGUGUUCGCUUUCUUGAUCGCCUUCUUUGGACUGGAGCUGGAAAAGGAACCGUUACUGGCAAUGCAGGUGGCAACCGGGAUGCAUAUUUGCAAUUGUCGGUUACUGUUCUUGCUGCAUUCUGUCGCGUCCCCGAUAUUGCUGCUUCACAAGAUAUGGUUUCAAAGAUUCCAUUGGUUUUGGAAAUUCUGUCCAAAGAAUCUGCGUCAUCUGUACUUGAAGAAUGUUAUGAAUUUCUAUAUCUGGUAUCAUCUGCUUCUGAAGAUGGAGUUCUUACAUUUUAUGAAUCUGGAGGCAUUAAAGUGUUGGCUUCUCACAUGCCUACCUUUCCAGAUGGUUCACAUCAGAUGGAGCUUGCUAUGAAAUUUGUGCAAGUACUACUUUCAAAGCUGUCUCUGGACGUUGUUUGUAACGGCUAUCCCCUAGAGCUCUCCUUGAUCGUGGCCACAAUUGCAAGGCAGUUUGCUGUCUUGCACGAUGCUGUCAAAUUUGAAGCACUGCACCUAUUGUCUGCCAUAUUCUCCUCAAACUAUUUGGCACCACUUUAUGAUGCUCUUCGUGUACUGCCCAACAAAAAUUGGACAAAUUUUAUGCGCAACGGUAUUGCUGCUAUUCUACAGAACCGUGUUGCACCUGCUGAAAAGUUUCAGGCAUUAAUUCUGGCCAAGGCUAUGAUAUCCAUAAUAGGAGAGAAGUGGUUAAUAGGUCCGAUACAACUACCCAAUUUGGAAGAACCUAUUUCGGCUGAUAGGUGCUUACUGCUUGUUCUAGGGCAAUCACGUGUUGAAGUCGCUGUUCUUCUGAAUGAGCUUGCCUAUUUGAAAUAUGAAGCAUCGAAGAGUUCUUCAUCCUUUGAUGAGACAAUCCAUCUCAAGCAACGAAAUGUCGCCAUUGCCUUCUCCUUAGUUGAAAAGAUAAUUAAACUUAUAUCAAACUUGAGCGAGAAUGAAGGGGACCUUCUUGAUGAUAGUACUUCUACAAAGGUGAUCAAGGGACUUAAUGAGACAAUUGAUGUAGUUCUAGAAUACUUACGAGAUGCGAAGGAACAUGGACAAAGGAAAGGAGAUGAUCUUCUUGCUUCAGUGCGAGUUAUUGGGAGCUAUCUUGCAGAAACACCUCUUGCAUGCAAAGAGAAGGUCAGAGAAUUAUUGGGGUUUAUGCUUUCUAUCGAAAGUGAAGAGGAAACCAGACCCUUCUACUCGGUAUGCUUUUUGCUUCCAAUGCUGUGUCAAUUGACAAUGAAGACUGAAGGAUGUAAAGCCUUGGUUUCUUGUGGAGGGCAUAAAGCUGUUAUUGAUUGCCUUGUAAAUUUGAUUGGGCGAGACAGUUGUAUGGUUGAGGAUAAUGGCAGCAUCUUUUUGGCAUGUGACACAAUCCUGAAUCUUUUUUUGAAGAAAGAGCAACUGCUGUUCCCCUUGGAUGAAUCAACUGUUACUAAAUUCUUGAAGGCAUUGGCAUAUUGGACAGAGAACAUCAAUGAUCCAUCAGUUACAAUGAUGGCAUCAAGCAUUUGCUCACUGCUAUUUGAUUUUACAUCGGAGGAUGCUCUUGUCGGUCAUUCAAACUUCGAUGAAAGCACUCUUAACAGCCUCUGUCGGCUCAUUGCUAGAAGUAUGGCUUCUUGGGGACAGGGUAUGUCUAGUGAUGCCGAAGCAAAUAUGGAUCUUCUAGAGAUUGUUACAGCAGGAUAUAAUCGAUGGGCUUCUCGGUUUCCUCACGUUCGAGAGGCUGUUGAGAGAUAACUCAAGACUGUAAUUUAUAACAAAGUAAAACAUAGGCUCUUUGUUUCUUCUUAAGACGGACAAUGAAAGAGAGGGAAGCAAGAGAAGCAUCUUUGUGUUUCAACAAUCUGCAAUGACGGAAGGAAGGCGCAACAGCUCAUGGUUGCAGGUUUUAUAUUAACGCAAUGAGUUGAAGAGUUUGACUUGUUUUUGCAAGUUCUACCUGUAUGACUGUCAUAUAUAUUUUCCAUUAAUUUUGUAAUAUUAUGUAAUAUACGUAAUAAAUGUCUUUUCUUUUUA